CACCGCUGUGGAUGCUCUAAGUAGGAGUAACCAACUUUUCUCACUCCUUCCUGUCCACAACUCUGUCUCUCUCCUUCAUUAAUAAGUGACGAGACUCUUCUGUCUUUAGUCUUUACAUGAUUUGCUCUAAAAGAACUGCUGUUGCUCCUGUUUUGACCGGGGAAAUCAAAUUAGCUGUAAGUUGAGGAAGAAAUGGGGGACCGACAGCCUAUUACCUAUUUGACGCAGCAGCAGGCUGCUGGGAUUGAUGAGUUGCUGCUUGGCCCAAUUGGUUUUACCAUCGAUCAGCUCAUGGAACUGGCUGGUUUAAGUGUUGCAUCUGCAAUUGCGGAGGUGUACAGGCGAAGCAAAUAUAAGCGAGUACUUGUAAUAUGUGGUCCUGGAAAUAACGGGGGGGAUGGCCUUGUUGCUGCUCGUCAUUUGCAUCAUUUUGGAUAUAAUCCAUGCAUUUGUUAUCCCAAACGCACUCCUAAACCCCUCAAUGAGGGUCUCAUCACUCAGCUCGAGUCAUUGCCAGUUCCUUUCCUUUCCCUGGAAAGCCUGCCUGAGGAGUUACUGAACUUCGACAUUUUAGUGGAUGCAAUAUUUGGCUUCUCUUUCUUGGGAGAUCCCAGGCCACCUUUUGAUGAUCUUAUCCGUAGGAUGGCAUCUCUGAGAGAGAACUGUCGGGGGCAUCAUAAAUCUCCAGUCAUUGUUUCUGUGGAUGUUCCUUCUGGUUGGCAUGCAGAAGAUGGAGAUAUAAGUGGUGAAGGCAUCAAACCCGACAUGCUGGUUUCUUUAAUGGCUCCGAAGCUUUGUGCUAAAAGAUUUCGUGGUCCUCACCACUUUUUGGGUGGAAGAUUUGUACCUCAAUCUAUUGUGAGCAAAUAUGAGCUAAAACUUCCAGCAUAUCCCGGCACCUCCAUGUGUGUCCAAAUAGGAGAGCCAACUUGCAUUGACGAACCUGGUGUGAGUCCUCCCAAGUGUAUCAAGAAGAGCGUGGAGGCUGAUCCUUUUGUGCAGUUUCAAAAAUGGUUUGACGUGGCGAAAGCAGCAGGUUUGAAGGAUCCAGAUGCUAUGGCCCUAUCAACUGCCACAAAAGAUGGCAAACCUUCUUCGCGAGUGGUCCAAUUAAAGAAGGUGGACCAAGGAGGAUUUGUCUGGUGCAGUAAUUAUAGAAGUCGAAAAGGGAGUGAGAUAUCAGAAAAUCCCCACGCAUCACUUCUUUUCUAUUGGAGUGCCUUAAAUCGCCAGGUACAAGUGGAGGGGGUCGUGCAGAAAGUAUCUAAUGAGGAGUCCGAGCAAUACUUCCACAGUCGUUCACGAGACAUUCAGAUUGCUCCAGCUCUUGGCAUUCAGGGGGGUAUGCCGAGACUCAUAAGCCAAGACUAUUCCUGUGGCAUUGUUCCAAGAUUGAAUCACGGGCCGUAUCCACCCAACCGAACAAGAAGAUUAAUCUAAUUCAAUCCUAUCUAAUCCUUCAAAUCGAACGGCCAUUAGAUGCGGGUCAGAUUAUCAAUCACGGGCCCAAUCAUGCAAAUCAAACCAAACGCCUCCUUAAGUAAUUUGCUUAUUUAUUCUUUUCAGAGCACUGUAAUUCCUGGAAGGGAAGUUGUCCAUCAACAGUAUAAAGAGUUGGAGGAAAAGUACCCUGAGGG